UCGACUCCUGCCCCGAUCCAACGCUCGCUGGUCCCGUACUGCAGCUGCCCCAGCCCGGCUAGCUGUAGUCUGCACUCGAGUCCCCGGCAAGCCCCCACUCCGCGUCUCAAGGUCGUUCCAGCUGCUCCAAGCGCCCCUGGUGCCCUGGGAACGAUCCAUCCGCUCCGCGCGGCUCCCGCUGCGUUUCCGGAGCGCCGGCCUGUGAGCCCGCUCGCUGCUCCCCGGUACUGUCGGGGGGCCCACCCGCCUGCACCCUGGAGCGCCGGACCACGAGCCUCUGCCAAAUCCUCUGGAUUCUCGCUGCUGUGGGCAGCGGCUGCAGCGCCUGUCCGCCCGAGGGAGGACCUUUGCCACUGCAUUUGCCCGGUAACUCUGGCUGCACCAUAUACCCGUUGGGUAAAACGGGCACCCCAGGAACAUGGCAGACGAAGACCUCAUCUUCCGCCUGGAAGGCGUUGAUGGCGGCCAGUCCUCCCGGGCUGGCCAUGUUGGCGAUUCUGACGUGGACAGCGAUGAUGAGGAGGGUUACUUCAUCUGCCCCAUCACAGAUGACCCCAGGUCAAACCAGAAUGUCAAUUCCAAGGUUAAUAACUACUACAGCAACCUAACAAAAAGUGAGCAGUAUGGCUCUAGUGGGUCCCCGGCAAGCUCCUUCCACUUCAAGGAAGCCUGGAAACACGCCAUCGAGAAGGCCAAGCACAUGCCCGACCCCUGGGCUGAGUUCCACCUUGAAGACAUCGCCACAGAGUGUGCUACUCGGCACAGGUACAAUGCUGUGACUGGGGAAUGGCUUCAAGAUGAUGUUCUGAUCAAGAUGGCAUCUCAGCCCUUCGGCAGAGGAGCCAUGAGGGAGUGCUUCAGGACGAAGAAGCUGUCCAACUUCCUGCAUGCCCAGCAGUGGAAGGGAGCCUCCAACUACGUGGCAAAGUGCUACAUUGAGCCCGUGAGCAGAGAGGUGUACUUUGAGGAUGUGCGUCUACAGAUGGAGGCCAAACUCUGGGGAGAGGAAUAUAAUCGACACAAGCCCCCCAAGCAGGUGGACAUCAUGCAGAUGUGCAUUGUGGAGCUGAAGGACAGGCCGGGCAAGCCCCUCUUCCACCUGGAGCACUACAUUGAGGGCAAGUACAUCAAGUACAACUCCAACUCAGGCUUUGUUCGUGAUGACAACAUCCGCUUGACUCCGCAGGCCUUCAGCCACUUCACAUUUGAGCGUUCUGGUCAUCAGCUGAUAGUAGUGGACAUCCAGGGAGUGGGCGACCUUUACACUGACCCACAGAUCCACACGGAGACAGGCACUGAUUUUGGAGAUGGCAACCUAGGUGUCCGGGGGAUGGCACUCUUCUUCCACUCUCAUGCCUGUAACCGGAUUUGCACAAGCAUGGGGCUCGCUCCCUUCGACCUCUCGCCACGGGAGAGAGACACAGUGAAUCAGAACACCAAGCUGCUGCAAUCAGCCAAGACCAUCUUGAGGGGGACAGAGGAAAAGUGUGGAAGUCCCCGAGUAAGGACCCUCUCUGGCAGCCGGCCCCCUCUGCUCCUUCGCCUUUCAGAAAACUCUGGAGAUGAGAACAUGAGCGACGUGACCUUUGACUCUCUCCCUUCCUCCCCGUCUUCAGCCACACCACACAGCCAGAAGCUAGACCAGCUCCAUUGGCCACUGUUCAGUGAUCUUGAUAACAUGGCACACAGAGACCAUGACCAUCUGGACAACCACCGGGAUUCUGAGACUAGUGGAGACAGUGGAUACCCCAGUGAGAAGCGGGGUGAGCUGGAUGACCCUGAGCUCCGAGAACAUGGUCACUCCAACAGCAGUCGGCGGUAUGAGUCUGACGAAGACAGCCUGGGCAGCUUUGGACGGGUUUGCGUGGAGAAGUGGCAUCUCCUCAACUCUUCUCGCCUCCACCUGCCAAGGGCUUCAGCUGUGGCUUUGGAAGUGCAAAGGCUUAAUGCUCUGGACCUUGAAAAGAAAAUUGGGAAGUCAAUUCUGGGGAAGGUCCAUCUGGCCAUGACACGCUACCAUGAGGGCAGGCGCUUCUGUGAGAAGGAUGAGGAGUGGGACCGCGAGUCAGCAGUCUUCCAUCUGGAGCACGCAGCUGACCUGGGCGAACUGGAAGCCAUCGUGGGCCUGGGACUCAUGUACUCACAGCUGCCCCACCACAUCCUGGCGGACGUCUCCAUGGAGGACACAGAACAGAAUAAAACAAAAGGAUUUGAUUACUUACUAAAGGCAGCCAAAGCUGGUGACAGACAGUCCAUGAUCCUGGUGGCACGAGCUUUUGACACCGGGCAGAACCUCAGCCCAGACAGGUCCCAAGACUGGGUGGAGGCCCUGCACUGGUACAGUGCUGCCCUGGAGAGGACCGACUGUGAUGAGGGUGGUGAGUACGACGGGAUGCAAGACGAGCCCCGGUACUUGCUGCUGGCUAGGGAGGCCGAGAUGCUGUUCAUGGGUGGCUGUGGUCUGGAGAAGGACCCACAGAGAUCAGGGGACUUGUACACCCAGGCGGCAGAGGCAGCCAUGGAAGCCAUGAAGGGCCGGCUAGCCAACCUGUACUACCAGAAGGCAGAGGAGGCUUGGGCUCAAAUGGAGGAAUGACCUACAGGAGGAUCCCUGUCAGCUAGUCCCAAGCCAACCGGCUAGGAGGACACACACACACAAAGAUUUAUUUAGUUUGGAGAAGGAAAGCGUUUUUCGUGUGUUGUACAUCAACUUUUGUAUUUCAUUUUUUAAUUCUUCAAAAUGUCUUGGCUACUAGCAGAGACAUUAUAGCUGUCCCCUGGGGCAGUAGUUUGGGGGGAGUGAGGAUUUAAAAAAGCAGCCUAAUGAACCAAUUUAUCUUUUUGAGGUUCUAUUUUUACUUCCUUUUUUUGUCACGAAAUGUAAGAAAGCGCUUUUUGCCUUGGAUGGACAAUAUUAGGGCUCUGCUCUCCGGCCUUUUCAGGCUGGACUGAAAUCUCAGGCCCACGGAGCCCUGUGUUUUGUAAAUCAGGAAGGGGAAUCUAGGGCUGCAUAGUAACUUUUUAGGGGAUGCAUAUUGUUGUCACUUAGUAUGAAGUCUUCUUUCUCAAGGCAUUUGGAAGUGUGCAUGGCAUUUUUUGGUGGAUGUGAAAUUGUACAAUACCCAAACCCCCUUUUGCUUCAGGGAUGGGCUCACCUUCUGGCUGUUUUCUAAACUUUUAGUUCAACUUCCUCCCCCAUGCUACUGAUUUUCUGGCCUACAGUCAAAUGCUGUUUUUUAAGCAUGCUUUCUACAGUGGGCUUUACAAAACAGUUUUGAUAUUUGUAUGCGCACAUUUACUACCUCUAACUCCUAUAUCAGCUAGUGUGGAAGAGGGUGCACCUCAAAGCUUUUACAUGUAAGGACAGUGGCUUGGAAUGUUGGAACCCUGCCUCCCAAGCUGACACGUACUGUGCAUCUCAGUGGCAGCUUCCACAACGUGACUAAAGUGUCCCUUGUACAGUAUUCCUCAAUGUUUUCUUAGCAUUGUUAUGUAGAAUCUGUUCCCCAAUCCCUGUCUUGGGGAUUUUCUGCUUGAAGCUGUGUUGAUUUUUUUGUAAUUUGCAGCAGGAUGCUUUCAGCAGCAGCCCAUUGAGAUUUUAUCUAAGAUGUCUGAGAAUAAAAGGGCAAGAACUAUAAACACUCAUUAAUUCAAGUAGUUUCCCUAGGGCCAGGCUAUGGUUAUCUUUAUUUAACAAGCUUUUCCUUUAAAUGGAGUUAUGAUUUCAUGUGAGGGCGAUUUCAUUUGGUGUUUCAAAAUAGCAAACAGAAUGCUUUGAUCAACUCUAAAUACUAAAGCAGCCUCUCUUUCUUUCUUUAAAAAUCAAAACAU